UCUCUCUCUACCCUCCCACUUUUUCUUUCCUUCACUCUCACUCCUAUUCCUAUAUUUGCUUUCAAAACUCAAGUCUCAAAUUUUCAACCACAUAAAUAACUACUCAACACAACACAAAAUCCACAAGGGUUGUAGAAAAAUAACAACAAACAUUUACUAUUUAUUGUAUUUUUACCUUAAACACAAAAACAAGAAGUGUUUGGUUUGAAUUUAGGUAGCUACUAUAACACUAGAAAACAACACAAUAUAAGUACAACAAACCAAAACCAAAGCUAAGAAAGAGUGUUGUGUUUUAGACUUUGUUUGUCUCAUCCCACUUGGACUUCCACCUCAUCCUUUUUUCUUAACGCCAUGAAAACAGUAUUCCGUAUGUGAUUUCUUACACCGAGUAGCUGUUCAAGUUGAUCUUAAGACGACCUCCAUAGAUAUCAAUACUUGAUCAUUGGUCUUUUUGUUUGGUGCACCGAAAGGGCAGUGUUUCUGAGCUGAUUUUUAUGGGGACUAAGGAGGAUAGCACAACUAAACCUUCUAAAACAUCUUCAUCAACUCAGGAAGUACCAACACCAACAGUACAACCAUCAUAUCCAGAUUGGUCAACCUCCAUGCAGGCCUACUAUAAUCCUGGAGCCGCUCCGCCUCCCUAUUAUGCCUCAACUGUGGCUUCACCAACCCCGCAUCCUUAUAUGUGGGGAGGCCAGCAUCCUAUGAUGGCACCAUACGGGACUCCAGUUCCGUAUCCUGCAAUGUUCCCUCCUGGGAAUAUCUAUGCUCAUCCUAGCAUGACUCCAAGUGCUAUGCACCAAACUACAGAGUUUGAAGGGAAGGGACCUGAUGGAAAGGAUAAGGAUUCAUCUAAAAAACCGAAGGGCACUUCUGCAAAUACAAGCGCCAAAGCAGGAGAGGGUGGAAAGGCAGGAUCAGGUUCAGGCAAUGAUGGCUUUUCACAUAGUGGUGACAGUGGUUCAGAGGGUUCAUCUAAUGCUAGCGAUGAAAACCAACAGGAAUCAGCUAGAAACAAGAAGGGAAGCUUUGACCUCAUGCUUGUUGAUGGAGCCAACGCGCAGAACAAUACUACUGGACCCAUUUCUCAAUCAUCUGUUCCUGGAAAUCCUGUUGUCUCGAUACCUGCAACUAAUCUUAAUAUUGGAAUGGACUUAUGGAAUGCAUCUUCUGCUGGUGCUGAAGCCGCCAAAAUGAGACACAAUCAACCUGGUGCUCCUGGAGCUGGUGCACUUGGUGAACAGUGGAUGCAACAAGAUGAUCGUGAGUUGAAAAGACAGAAGAGAAAACAGUCUAAUCGAGAGUCAGCCAGGAGGUCAAGACUACGCAAGCAGGCCGAGUGUGAAGAACUACAAAAGAGGGUGGAGGCGCUGGGAGGUGAGAAUCGAACUCUCAGAGAAGAGCUUCAGAAACUUUCUGAAGAGUGUGAGAAGCUUACAUCUGAAAACGAUUCUAUUAAGGAAGACUUGGAACGGUUGUGUGGGCCUGAAGUAGUUGCUAACCUUGAAUGAAACAAACAACAGUUCCUCAGUGUCGGCUAUGGCGGCAAUAGCAAAAAUUGAUUGACUCUUUGAUUAAGACAGUUCUGCGGCUGGACUUUUCAAAUCAGUGGACUGGUCUCUUAAUUGAGAAUAGGAUAUAAUGUUUUUUUUUCCAUUGUUUUACUAAUUUUAUACCAUUAAUCUUCAACUGUAAUUGCCCUUAUAAUUUACAGUUUUACACUUAAAUUUGUUAUAAUUUGUACCUAUGCUGGAGAAUAGAAUAUGUAGGCCACUGAAGCACUUCUAUUUAGUUUUGCAAAUGAUGUUGAGAAUCUAGCUUCAACUUUCCAA